AUGACCACGGCCGGUUGGCUUAGUGGCUGCGUGUGCUCCGGUCCCUUGCCUCAACACGAGUUUUGGUGUGAUUGUGCAACUCUUGUUUUUGUGCGCGUUCGAAUUUCCAAUUCCAAGUGAUCAGCCAUAGACACAUUUGUUCGCCUAGUCGUUUAUUCCCCAGAACAUUGAACCUAUGAAUUAGAAAGCAGCUCUUUUCAGUGUUAGAGACUCACAAUGACCUACAUUACCUCAAUACAAUUUUUUAAUCUCACUAUAAAACUAAAUAUUAAAAACAGUGAUACUGGUUUAUACGGAUAACGCAAGCAACCCGUCAUUAGUGCCUCAGGGGUAUCAGUGAUACAUAAGUGAUACAUCAGUGAUACAUCAGUGAAACAAUGUGUUGAGACAUGUCGACGGGUGUGUGGGACCUGAUGCCCGUCCGGUGCCGCUGGAUAGAGACGCUGCGGCACUGCGGCAAAACACUCCUGCGCCGCCAACGAAGACUCCUUAGACGUAUCAAAAAGGUGUACCUACACAGUUGGCGCUCGGCAGAUGAGCUGAACAUGUUGGUGGGUGCGAAGGUCGGCGGCGCGACUCCCUUAGUGAUCGCCUGCAGGAACGGACACUACGACGUGGCCGAAUACCUCAUCGAGAGAUGCAAGGCGGACAUCGAGCAGCCUGGCUCUGUGACAUUCGACGGCGAGACGAUAGAGGGUGCUCCGCCGCUAUGGUGCGCCGCGGCGGCUGGUCAUCUACCGUUGGUGCGGCUGUUGGUGCGAGCUGGUGCGAAUGUCAACUCCACCACGCGGACACAGAGCACACCGCUCAGAGCAGCCUGCUUCGAUGGACAUUAUGAGAUCGUCAAGUUCCUAGUUGAAAAUGGCGCUGACAUAGAAAUAGCUAAUCGUCACGGACACACGUGCCUAAUGAUUGCGUGCUAUAAGGGUCACAUUAGAAUCACCAAAUACCUACUCUCCUUGGAUGCUGACGUGAACAGAAAGAGUGUCAAAGGAAACACUGCUUUACAUGAUUGUGCGGAAAGCGGGUCUUUGCACAUCAUGAAGAUGCUGUUAGGUCAUGGGGCGACGAUGGACGUAGAUUCCUAUGGUAUGACACCACUAUUGGCAGCGUCCGUGACGGGCCACACACACAUUGUCGAGCAUUUAAUAAACGCAGAGUAUGGACUUGUGACGAGACAACAGAGGAUUGACGCUUUAGAACUGCUCGGGGCCACGUAUGUGGACAAACGACGGGACAUGGUCGGAGCACUGGCGUUGUGGAAACGCGCCAUGGAGGACAGAUUUCCAACAGACGGUAGCGAACCAAUACCAAAGCCGAAAGACGUGCCUCAAAUUGAGGCGUACGAUUAUGCGGAGGAACCGGCGAACCUGCAGGAGUUAGAGGAACUACUAGCCGACCCCGAUGCCAUGAGGAUGCAAGCACUCGUCAUUAGAGAAAGAAUUUUAGGUCCAGCGCACCCCGACACAUCAUACUACGUCCGCUACCGAGGCGCCGUGUACGCUGACGCGGGCCGCUUCCACCGCUGCCGGCAGCUAUGGCACCACGCCCUGGAUAUGCAGCGGACUGUGCUGCCACCGCUCUCUCCACUCACACAGUCCAGCCUAUACAGCUUCGCGGAGCUCUUCUCUUACAUGCUGGGGGAGCGCGCGCGUCCGCCGCUUAGAGGUCGCAUAGUGCCUCCAGUGAGAUUCGAAGACAUCGACCCAGUAUUCACGAAAGCGCUCUCAGAAAUCAACAGAGGCAUGGAACUGUUGAAUUCUAGAUUCGCAAUCGACAGAGAACAGACUUUGACAACACUACAGAGAGUGUUGGUGAUCUCUUUGCAUUUAGCGGCUCUAAUGGCGAGGUUGCUCGAGGAACCAGAAUGUACCGAAGACGUCGAGAGGAGGAUCCAUAAGGCUGUGUAUUCGCUUGUUAAGUUAGAUAUUAAGGUCCGGCACGGGCGGUCGGCGCUGCACGUGGCGUGCUCGUCGGAGGGCACGCGGGCGCGCGGCGGCGGCGCGUGGCUGCCGGCGCCGGGCGACGCGCAGCCGUGCUGCGGCCCGCUCGUGGCGCUCAUGCUGCGGCUGGGGGCGGCGCCGCUGGCGCGCGACGCCGACGGCAACACGCCGCUGCACUUAGUCUGCAAGCUCAACCCCUGCCCAGCAGAAGUGGUUCGCGAGUUACUAGCGCACGGCGCGCACAUAGACACAGUCAACUACGAAGGUGACACGCCAGAGGAAAUCCUCAAGUCAACCAAUCAGAGCCUCUCCUCAAUCGUCAACCCGCUACGCUACACCACUUUAAAAUGCCUCGCGGCGCGCACAGUCAAGAACUAUAGGCUACCUUUCAAACACGUCAUACCACAGUGUCUGCAUUCUACCGUCAUAACUCACUGAAUCAUGUAAGUAAGAUUUGAACUGGUAGGAAUUAUCGGGCGUGAUCGCCGGUUGAGUACCUCAAGAGAUUUUCCAAAGGAAAUUCGCAAGGAUAUUUCGUAACUAGCUAGGCUGUUAUAUGGACUGUCCGAGGAGUACAAGUGAUUUUUUUAUUCUUUGUCAAUUUUGCUCAAUACGUUAGCUCGAAGUCAAAGGUCACGUCCGAUACCAUCCCUUGAACUCAGUGAUCAGGAUUUGAGUAGCUCAUAAUAAAUGGCAGCAUACAUAAAAAGCAGUGUAGGUGUCCGGGUUGACCCAACUACCGUCCUUAUUGUAAAGGCUUAUGUCACAAAAUGCCAUGUCGUUUGCUAGCCACAUUUAGUUGUAGUGUAUUUUUGUAACAUUUUCCUUUUGACAUCAAGUCCGUGUACUGUUCGUCGUUUACGAAGUAAGUCACGCUGCAUUGACGGUAUAAAUUUGCAUUGCAUUUUUUUUUUUUUCAAUUUACCCGUUCGGGCAGGCAAAGGGAACUUAGACCGUACAGUCUUUUGUCAAUGUGCAUUGUAGCGGUUAACAGUAGUAGAGGUUUCAUAAAGUCACCAUAGACAUUAUCAAUCGACAGGAAUUGAUUAGGAAAAGAGUAACGUUGAAGCAUGGCGCGUAUAAAAGUAAGUGCGCAAUGUCGAAUAGCAAUUUUGCUCUUUUACAAGAAUUGCAUCUGCCUUAAGUCGGUUUCUGUCGAUUUUAAUGUAAUAUUGAAAAAUGAUUUUCACUUCAUCACGAAAUUUUGAUACUUGUAUUCACUAUUGCAAUAUUUUCGAAUGGGUUAACGGUGUAAUUUAUAUUUUUGAGGCUAUAAUUUUUAAUACCACCGGAUUUAUGUGGGUUCAAUGGUUUAUUUAGCACACAACAAAAUAUAAUAUUUCCAUUCUAUUAUCGUCAAGGGGGUCUUUCAUACCGUUUUUUACAUCGUUAAAUAAUAUUUUGAAAGUUUAUUUAUCAAUAAUAAUUGAAGUACCGAUCAAUAUUUAUUUUCCUUUUAUGUCUGUAAUAUGAAAGAUCCUCUUUAAAUCAUAAUAAUAUAUUAUUCAUUAAUAGAGUUUCGAAUUGAGUUUAUAUUUUACGUAUUGAUUUUAUAAAAUCUGUAAAUAGAAAGUAAUUAAUUGGACAUAGCUUACCUUGUUUGAUAUUAAAUAAAAUUGCUUUAAUUCUUUUUUUGAAAAAUUAUAUUUUUAAGUAGUGUACUUUCUGUUUUGAAUAAUUAAAAUAUGUACUAAAAUCUUUCAGUGCUGUGUUAAAAGAAAAAGUGAUUUUAAUAUUAUAUUUUAUAUAGAUGUACAUUGGAAUUAUAAACGAAAUUAGAAUGUAAUAUAAUAUAUAUAAAUAUAUAGACGUGUAUCGUAUGUUAUAAAUUACUGUCGUGUUACGUCACAACGUAGAUGGAAUGUUUAGGUAUUUAAAUAAGUUUGACGUCGUGUA